CGCCUGCCUGCCUUGCCGAGCGUAGAGCCGGACCCAGCGCCCUGGGAGGACCUGGGAGACUCUCCGCCCCCUCAGAAGCUGGACCUGGUGGUGGCUCAGGUGAACCAGCCCAAAGGCAUCGCCCUCCAGUGGAACGUACGCUGCGUGGACCCCCGGUGCGCCCCCAUCGAGAGCUUCUCCUUGUUCAUCUGCCUGGAGGACGUGAGCAACGGGAGCACCUCCGAGUGGAAGAGGACCAGCGUCAUCAAGGCCCUCCCGCUGCCCAUGGCCUGCUCGCUCUCACAGUUCCCCCGCUCCGUCAAGUGCCACUUCACCAUGCGCGCCAAGGACGUCCACGGGCGCCAUGGGCCUUUCUGCGACGUCCAGUCCAUCUCGGCUCUCUAGAGGGGGCUUGGGGGGAGCGGCAGGACCCUCUUCCCUAACCUGACACCCCUUUUCCGGGGUACUUUUGAGGGGCAUUGUUUCCCCAGCUCAAGGUGUGGAAAAGACCCCCCCCGGCCAGUCCUCGGUUGCCCUUUUUUUCCCUCCCACACUAAGCUGGCAUCCCAUGUGAGGGAACAUGGGAGAGAAGGCUGGGAAGACGGCCACCCAACGCUUGAAGCCUCCAGAGAGAGAGAGUGGAAGGUUUGCCCCCUUCCCCUGGGGGAGAAUCAGACUCAGGACCCCCAAGAGCGGGAACUUUGCUUUCAGUAUUGUUUUCAUCCCUUCACCAGUAGGAUGGGAGAGAGAGAAAUGUUCUCUUGGCCCAAAGCCAAGUGGGUCAAAAAAAAAAAUUUUGUUUUUGAAAUAAAGUGCCUUUUCUGUUAGAUUUU